UCACAGUCUCGCCUUUCCCCAAGAGGCCCAAUUGCAAAAUAUUUUGGCAAUUUAGGAUUUGGUAGAAGUUGUUCUCUUCCUUUCUCGUGACUUCCACACAAGUUCUACAGAGAAGAAAAGGCAGCUCACAGAGAAAGCCGUGUCUGCUUUUUUCUGCAAAGCAACUGAGAAUAAUCAAAAGAGGGGUGGACGAUCCAGCCUCACAGUUACAGGUGUAGUUGACACUAUGUCUCAGAUGCUGGCCUAUUCAGUGUUGCUACUGUUUGUGGCCCUCCUGGGGCCCUUGCCAACUCUUGCCCAGAGAGAAACCCGUCAUGAGAAAUUCCACCGGCAGCAUGUUGCCUUCCCAAAGACCAACAGCGAACUGGAUGCCCGGCGCUAUUGCGACCUGAUGAUGCAACGAAGAGGAAUGACGACCGUCAAGUGCAAGCCCUCCAACACCUUCAUCCAUGGGCACCCUACAGAAGUGGAUGCCAUCUGCAGCAAUGGGGGGACCCACUUUAGUGAGAAUUACUAUGACAGCAACAGCUUCUUUGAGCUCACCGCCUGCCGUGUGACGGGGGGAGGAUCUGGGCCUCCCAACUGUAACUAUCGAGGCAGGCUUAGCAACCAGCGGAUCCAAGUGGCCUGCAUAAAUGGCGUGCCAGUGCAUUUCAAAGCAGCUCUUUAGGAAGAAGAAGGGAGCCACCAUUGGAAACACUGGUGACCAUGGUGGUCAGUUGGAGAUUAUACAUCUUUUGCUACUUUAGAAGCCAAGACGAUUCAAGGUCCCAUUUCCUUUUUAGUGCAGUGGUGUAUUUCAGUUACAAUUUGCUCUUGGCCAUUUUUUUUCACUUCUCUUUGCCCCUCCCUCUUCUUUCAGUCUUCAUCUCCUACAGCUUAAGCCAACCUGGGGAUCUCCACAUAGGUUUGGACUGUGAUUCCCCAGAAUUCCCAGUCGGCAUGGCUGACAGGAACUCUGGGAGAUGUCCUAAUGCAAUUGUGGGGAUCCAAGCUGUGGAAGGCUUACCUUUUGUUGCCAUAUCUGGACCUGGUGACCACAAGGUGGCUGCAAAGCGAUACAGAAAAUCUGAAGCAGUGUUUCUCAAACUUGGCAACCUUAAGACAUGAAGUCCACAUGUCUUAAAGCUGCCAAGUUUGAGAAACACUGAUAUGCAACUUUGACGCUCCCUAGUAGACACUCAGCUCAGAUAUGGCAACUCUAGAUUUCAGUCUCUAUUAUUAUUAUUUUUGCUCUGUACUGCCAUCUAGUGGCUGAGAAUCAAUAUGAACAAUUACUUUUCCUAUUGUGUCCAUCAAAAUCCUAAUAUGGUUUGUCUAACCUCAUACUUUCAGUUAUUCGGCCUUCUGAGGGAGAUUGGGGCUAACGGUUCUGCACAGGAAAAGGUGUACAGGAGUGUCUGCAGCUACCCCAAACUACGUUUCUUCAGAUAGUUUGUGAGAAGUCAUGACAUUUAAAGUGCUAUAAGCCCAAAUUAUGUUUACAGGGUCACAGUUUUUGCUAGGAGAUGUUUGGCAGGGCCAUCUUUCAUUUUAAAACAGGCCAUAUUUUGCUCUCCUUACUGGUGAUAUGCAAUUGAACUGAAGCAUAAUUUUAGGCUCCUGAAGAAACAGAGGUAACCUGAUUUUCUAUACGUACGUACAUACAUACAGAAUUUUUAAAGAGAAUUGCAUUUCUGAACCACAUAAUUAAUGUUGGGUUCUUGCUCUGUUGAUUCCUGAUCACCAGAAAGGUUCUGUGAACUGAUAAAUCCUGGGGUUUUGCCCCUCCAUUACCAAAUGUUUGGUUGAAAAUCAAGAAUGAAACUGUGCAUAUUAUUAUUUCUGGGAUGGAUGGAAAGUGGAAAAUAUCUAUUUUAUAGGCUUUGCCUGAAUGUCUUUCCUCUGGUAGCUUCAUGCAAUAAAGUCUUUCUGUUUGCAUAUGGAA